UUAAAUAGGCAUUGCAUUCAGAAUUGGAGAAUUUGCAAAAAGGAAUGACACAAUUAGAAAAAAUAUAUAGGCAUAUGAUUGGUGAAGAUUUGGAAUUGCUAAAUUUUAAGGAGUUGCAACGUCUUGAAAAGAAAAUUAAAUUGGGUGUUAGGAAAAUACACUCAAGGAAGGAGAAAAUGUUGCUAGAGCAUAUUCAAUCCCUAAAAGAGAAGGAAAAAACACUUACAGUGGAAAGCACUAAUCUGGAGAAAAGGAUUGAGAAAAGUCGCAGGAAGCACCUUAAUAUUGACUUCAUGGAAGGUGUCACCAAUGAUUUGAAAACUCAACAAGAUCCGCCUCAAACUGAUCUCAAUCUCGCCCUGUCAUGAAUUCCAGGGCACUCUAUGUUCCAUGAGAUUUUCUGCAACUUACUUCAGGCGCUGUGAAGCUCCUACUCUAUUUAAUGAGAUCAUAUAUUAGGAAGUCCAAAUAUUCCGUUAAAGUUUUUAUACUCUCAUAUCUCUCAGUUUUCUGUCUAUGCUUAUGAUUUGUGCUUGAAGUUGAAAUUUUAAGAACUUGAAAAUAAUUGCUAGUUUCAAAUUUCA